AUGUAUAAAAUAUUAGUAGCUGAUAAAAGGCAUGAUGAUGCUAUAUUUGAUGAAUUUUUUAUAUCAGAUAAAGCUGAAACAUCAGAUAUAAUUUCUUUCUUAAAUCAUAAUUAUUCACAUAUUCUUGAAGAAGAUGGGCAUAAUGCAGAAGAAACUACUAAUGUUGCUGAAUCUGCUCAUAUAAAUGCUAAUAAAAAUGAAAUUCAAAUAAGUUUAUUGCUUGCAGUUAAAAA